GCGAUGGCGGAGCUGCGAGCGGCGGGCGCGGGGCCCGGCCCGGCCGCGCCCCCCGGGCCCACAGCGCUGCCCGCGGGCUCCGGCGCGGCCCCGGCCCUGCCCUCACCGGCGGCGAGCGCCGGGGCCCCACCGGCACCCACGGCGCCGACAGCACCCACAGCGGCGGGAGGCGGCGGCGGCGGGGCCGGUGCGGGCGGCGGCGGGGCCGGUCCCGGCUCGGCCCGCGAGGGGUGGCUCUUCAAGUGGACCAACUACAUCAAGGGGUACCAGCGCCGCUGGUUCGUGCUCAGCAACGGGCUGCUCAGCUACUACCGAUCCAAGGCGGAGAUGGGCCACACGUGCCGGGGCACCAUCAACCUGGCCACGGCCAACAUCACCGUGGAGGAUUCCUGCAACUUCAUCAUCUCCAACGGCGGCGCCCAGACCUACCACCUGAAGGCCAGCUCCGAGGUGGAGCGGCAGCGCUGGGUCACCGCCCUCGAGCUCGCCAAGGCCAAGGCUGUCAAGAUGCUGGAGGAGUCAGACGACUCCGGCGACGAGUCGGUGUCGCAGACGGACAAGACGGAGCUGCAGAACACGCUGCGGAUUCUGUCCAGCAAGGUGGAGGACCUGAGCACCUGCAACGACCUGAUCGCCAAGCACGGCACGGCCCUGCAGCGCUCGCUCAGCGAGCUCGAGGCCCUGCGCCUGCCCCCCGAGAGCACCGACAAGAUCAAGCAGGUCAACGAGCGGGCCACGCUCUUCCGCAUCACCUCCAACGCCAUGAUCAACGCCUGCAGGGAUUUCAUGCUGCUGGCGCAGACGCACGGGAAGAAGUGGCAGAAGUCGCUGCAGCAGGAGAGGGAUCAGCGGAUCCGGCUGGAGGAGACGCUGGAGCAGCUGGCAAAGCAGCACAACCACCUGGAAAGGGCGUUCCGGGGGGCCACGGUGCUCCCUGCCGGCACGCCCGGCACCGGCGGCUCCGGGAAAGAUCUGUGCUGCCCCUCCAAAGGUGACAUGAGCGACGAGGACGACGACAACAACGAGUUCUUUGACGCCCCCGAGAUCUUCCCCAUGCCCGACAUGAUGGGCCACAAGAGAACUGGGAGCAACAUCAGCGGCACCAGCAGCGACAUCAGCCUGGAUGAGCAGUACAAGCACCAGGUUGAGGACACCAAGAAGGAGAAGAGAACCCGCAUUCCCUACAAACCCAACUACAGCCUCAACCUCUGGAGCAUCAUGAAGAACUGCAUCGGGAAGGAGUUAUCCAAAAUUCCCAUGCCGGUGAACUUCAACGAGCCACUGUCGAUGCUCCAGCGGCUGACAGAGGACCUGGAGUACCACGAGCUCCUGGACCGGGCGGCCAAGUGCGAAAAUUCCCUGGAGCAGCUGUGCUACGUGGCCGCCUUCACCGUCUCCUCCUACUCCACCACCGUCUUCCGCACCAGCAAACCCUUCAACCCGCUCCUGGGGGAGACCUUCGAGCUGGAUCGGCUGGAGGAGAGCGGAUACCGCUCCCUCUGCGAGCAGGUGAGCCACCACCCCCCGGCCGCUGCCCACCACGCCGACUCCAAGCACGGCUGGACACUCCGCCAGGAAAUCAAGAUCACCAGCAAAUUCCGAGGGAAAUACCUCUCCAUCAUGCCUCUAGGUACCAUCCACUGCGUCUUCCACUCGUCCGGCAACCACUACACGUGGAAGAAGGUGACCACCACCGUGCACAACAUCAUCGUGGGGAAGCUGUGGAUAGACCAGUCGGGUGAGAUCGAGAUCGUCAACCACAAGACGGGUGACAAGUGCAACCUCAAGUUUGUCCCUUACAGCUACUUCUCCCGGGACGUGGCGAGGAAGGUGACCGGGGAGGUGACGGACCCCUCGGGGAAGGUGCACUUUGUCCUGCUGGGCACGUGGGACGAGAAGAUGGAUUGCUACAAAGUCCAGCUGGGAACGGGGGACAACGGAGCCGAGGCCCGGCCCCGAGCCCACGAGUCCGAGGACAGCCGGGUGCUGCUGUGGAAGCGGAACCCGCUCCCGAAGUACGCGGAGAACAUGUACUACUUCUCGGAGCUGGCGCUGACCCUGAACGCCCCGGAGAGCGGGACGGCUCCCACGGACAGCCGGCGGCGCCCUGACCAGCGGCUCAUGGAGAACGGGCGCUGGGACGAGGCCAACGCCGAGAAGCAGCGGCUGGAGGAGAAGCAGCGGCUCUCCCGCAAGCGCCGCGAGGCCGAGGCCGCCCGCGCCUCCGAGGACGGUAAGGAAGGGAUGUCCCCCCCUCUCCGGAGCCCCCCCCGGGUGGCCCCCGGGCCCUCACCCCCUCUGUGCCCCCCAGGGACCCCCUGCGAUCCCUACAAACCGCUGUGGUUCGAGCGGAAGAAGGACCCGGUGACGCAGGAGCUGGCGCACGUCUACAAGGGGGGGUACUGGGAGAGCAAGGAAAAGCAGGACUGGAGCCUGUGCCCGGAUAUUUUCUGA